AUGGCUUCCAGCACGGCUGACCCAAGCAGCAUCCCCCACAAUACCAACUUCUGCCUUCCUCACCACCCACCCCGGGCGGCCAGCGUGAUGCUUUCUCUGUUCUACACAGCCCUCUUGGUCUUCAGCGCCCUGGGGAACAUCCUUGCCCUUUGCCUCGCCUGUCAAAAGGGCAAGAAGAUCAACUCAACAGGUGUCUACUUGGUCCACCUGGCAGUGUCCGACCUCCUGUUCACCCUGGCCCUGCCUGGAAAGAUCACCUAUUACGUGCUGGAUUUCAGCUGGCCCUUUGGUGAAGGGCUCUGCAGGCUGACGGCGUUCAUAUUCUACGUGAACACCUAUGGGGGCAUCUAUCUCAUGACGUGCGUGAGCGUGGACCGUUACCUGGCUGUGGUCCACACCCACCAGCGCCCCCGGCUCCGCAACGCCGGCAGAGCAAGGCUGGUCUGCGUGGCUGUCUGGGCCCUGGCGUUUCUGCAGACGGCGCCCCUGCUCCUGAUCUCCAUGACCAAGCCUGUGGCGGGCAAGUUGACCUGCAUGGAGUACGUCAGCAUCAAGGGGGUCCUCUGGCUGCCCCUCAUGGUCCUAGUGGCCUGUGCUAUAAGCUUCUGUGGGCCAGUGGGGAUCAUACUAUUUUGUUAUGUGAAGGUCACCUUGAAGCUGUGCAAGACAGCCCGGGACAACCCUCUGACGCGUGAGAAAGGGCACCACCGGAGGGCCUGCCUGCUCACGCUGGUGGUGCUGGUCACCGCGGUUGUGUGCUUCAGCCCCUACCAUCUCAACAUCAUCCAGUUCAUGGUGAGAGAGAUGCUCCGCCUGCCCUCCUGCCCCGAGCAGAGGGCUUUCAAACUGUCCCUGCAGCUCACCGUGUCCCUCAUGAACAUGAACUGUAGCAUUGACCCCGUCAUUUACUUCUUUGCAUCUACACGUUACAGGAAAUGGCUCCUGGGCAUUUUAAAACUCAGAGCGUCAGCAUCCUCCUCCUCCACCCUGGGAAAAUCUUCCUCAGAAAUACCAAGUGUCAACCAGACUGGCGACUCCGUGCCCUUCGAGGAGAAUAAAGUCUAA